GUGUGUCCUUCUGUGAUCGGAGUUGCACUUGUGCUCGAGAUGGGAUUUCCCCGGGGGCUGCUCCUGUCGUUCCUGGGGGCGGCGGCUGCCCUUCUGCUGGGGUCCUGCCUCGGGUCCUCCUCAUACUCCCUGCGUGCAUUUUACACGCUGGUAUCGGAGCCCAUGCAGGACACACCCCAGUUCAUUGGUGUGGCAUAUUUGGAUGACCAACUCCUUGGUCACUAUGACAGCAACAAGAGGAGGUGUCUGCCUGACGCACCCUGGGCAAAGAAGUUGGAGACUAGCCGCUUUUUGCAAUGGUGCAGUGACAGAGCCCAGGAAUCUGAGGUGGUCUUCAGAAGGGAUCUGAGGACUCUGCAGGAACACUUCAACCAGACUACUGGGCUUCACACUUGGCAGCGUAUGCAUGGUUGUGAACUGAGCGAAGAUGGGCGCAAAAGAGGGUAUUUUCAGUAUGCCUAUGAUGGGAGGGAUUUCAUUAGCCUGGACACAGAGACUCUCAUCUGGACCGCAGCCAAUGCCACGGCCCAUGAGAUCAAGAAGAAGUGGGAUGCCGAGUCUUUUAUUACUGAGCAUAGGAAACGCUUCAUGGAGGAUAUAUGUUUUGACGUGUUGACGAAAUUAUUGGAAUAUGGAGGAAAGGAAGCUCUGUUGAGGAGAGAGACUCCAAAAGUGAAGGUGAAACGCAAGACAAGCAGCCAAGGCCUAGAGAUCCUCAUCUGCCAGGCCCAUGGCUUCUACCCCAAGGAGAUCGAUGCCACCUGGAGGAAGGAUGGGGAGGUCUGGGAGCAGGAGACCUUCCGUGGGGGCGUCAUUCCUAACUCAGAUGGGACCUACCACACCUGGCUCAGCAUUGACAUUGACCCCAAGGACAGGGACCAGUAUCGGUGUCACGUGGAACACGAUAGCCUUCCAGAACCCCUGCACUUGGCCUGGGAGGAGCCUGCCUCUGGGCUCGUGUGGACCAGUGUGGGAGUCAUAUCUGCCGUCCUGGUUGCAGUUCUGCUGAUGGCUGGGAUCGCCUUUUAUCUCAAAAGACAGCAAGAGGACACAGCUUAUACAGCAGCAUUAACAAGCAACCAGGGAUCUGACAGCCCUGCCGAAGGGAGCAGAGGGAUACCACUGAAGACCUUCCAUGAAUUAAGAUCCCGUGGCAAUCCUGGACCUUCUACUUAAUCCUGUCUCUGGCUAAACCAGCACGCCAUCUCCAGCCAGCAGAGUGAUUUGUAGAGCCGUGCAAAACUGUGGCUGAAUAUUAGGCUUCUAUCAUAUUCAAUUCCAAUAUCCCAUCGACUACCAAACAUCGGAUUGAAUACUUUGGAUCCUAAUACAGAAACGAAUACAUAGUACAUGCUCUGAAUACCAAAUCUGAAUGCAGAACUGAAUGCUUGCCUAAUGAUCUGGGGCUGAAGAAAUGGGUUUCUUUUGGCUGAGCUUUAAAAUAAGAACAGCCCUGCUAGAUCAGGCCCAAGGCCCAUCCAGGCCAGCAUCCUGUUUCACAAAGUGGCCCACCAGAUGCCACUGGGAGCCCACAGGCAGGAGUUGAAAGGGGCAUGCCCUCUCUCCUGCUGUUACUCCCCUGCAACUGGGACUCAGAGGCAUCCUGCCUUGGAGGCUGGAGGUAGGGAUGUUCGAACAGCUUCGACGGUUUGGGGUCGAACCGAACCAUCCCCUGUUCGGUCUGAUCCUGGACCAAACACCCCCCAACGGUUGGGGGUGUUCGCAGAGUUUUUAAAAAACCUUUUUUAAAAACUUAACCCCUUCGGGGGAGUUGUUGAAGGUGGUGGGGGAUUCUGCAGAGGUUGCUGCUCCCCCUCCAGCCUCCCUUUUAGCCUCCAUCGGCCAUUCGGCUGGCUCUUCGGCCUGUUUGGGCCUUCUCUCUCUGCGCAGUGGCCAUUUUUGAAGAAAAUCUUUAAAGUGACAUUUUUUAAGAGGCCAGAAUCCUUCCUGCUGGGAAUAACUGAAAGAGAGUUCUCCAGAAGAAAUUCAACAUUUUUAAUGUAUGCAACCACAGCGGCCAGGAUAGUAUAUGCACAAAAAUGGAAAUACAGUAAAAUGCCCUCAAAAGAGGACUGGUUGAUAAAAAUUUUGGAAUAUGCCAAGAUGGCAAAGCUUACAGCACUUAUAAGAUGAAAAUUUGGAAGGUUUUAAAGAAGAUUGAGAAACAUUUUUGCUUUACUUAAAGAAUUAUUUUUCCAAUAUGGACUCUUCAGUAGGGUUUGAAAUAUACUAAUAACAGUACAUUGGAUUCGAUAAAAUCGAGUAGUAUUGUGGAGUAUGAAUUAUUAUAGCAACUAGUUUUUUUAAGCCCGUUAUAAUAACGGGCGCUAGCCUUCCCCCCCCCACUUUAUGCGUUCCUUUUGUGUGUGUGUGUGUGUGUGUGUGUGUGUGUGUGUGUGUUGGAUAUAUAUACAUUGGUGCCGCCGCUGCCUCUGCCUUCCUGCGGCUGUCGCAGCCGCAUCUUCCUCUUCGGAGAUGGAGGCCGGGAACGGGGGCCGAGGGGAGGCCGAAGAAAUCAUUUAAAAGGAAAUGCUGCCGCCGCCGUUUCCACCAAACUCCCACCCUCCCUCCCAAC